CCUGACUGUGGCUUUUCCUGGCUCUCCUGCCAGCAGACAUCAUCCAGUCAGGGGCCUAGCAAGAAGAAGUUGAGCCAGAAAGGGGUGUGUGUGUGUGUGUUUUCUUCAGGGUUCAGGUGCCUAGUGAACGGUAACCCUAGAGGAACCGCGCAGCGGCCUGCUGGACCUCCUCCCAUAUCCUCCCAUAUCACGGCCCAGCGAGUAGGGUGGGAGCAGUGUUCUUUUCCAGCUUGCCUAGGCUUGGUUCCAGCAGCACCGCUGCUUCUCCCAGCCCUAGGUGCGUGCCUUUCCUCCUCCCUUAGCAACUGGGAGUCUGUGGACGCCACCGAGUAGCAACCGGGAGGCUGCGGGGAGCCCGGGUGAGGAAGGGCGGAGCCCAGUCCAGGUGCCCCAGUCCCCGCCACUGCAGCAAGCCACCGUUAGCCGCAUCUGCACCUGCAGCGGGGUCCGAAAAGGAUUCUGCAAAAAUGAGCCAUUCUCACCCCGCUGGAUUACUUGCAACAUAUAAUAGCCUUACGGAUAAACACCUGGCUGGGUAUUUUAACAAUACCAGGAUCAGGCGGCACCUCCUAAGAUCCGGGCUGAUCACGAGAAGUGGGAGGAUACUUUCUGAAAAGGAAUACAAAGUUAACAACAUGAAGCAGGAUCACCAAAAAUACAUCCGAGAGUGCUUAGCCCGGGCCAUUUUCCACAAGGUCCUAGAUAUGGAGCGCUACCACCAGCUGGAAAUAAAGCGGAAACUGGAUACCUUAGCUAGGAAAGAGCGGAUUCAGAGGUUGAAGGGAGAACACACAAGACGAUUUAUUGAAGAUAACAUGCCCGUUCUCACUCCCCAUCCUCCAGCUGGCCCAAAGACUAAUCGUGGCCAUAGCGUUCUGGCUGAGGAAGGACGUUCUAGUCCAUUAACACUGACAGCCCCUCGACCAUAUACUGCCCCAGGAAAUAUGCAGCCUCCGGUUCGUCUGCAACCUCUUCUCAGUAACUGCCAAAGGAGAAAUGGUUCAAAGAUAACUUCAGGGUCCAAACCCAAAGGCUCAUCGCUGCAAAGUGAAGCUCUCUUUCCUCUUGGGGGAAAGAAGGCAAUGAUGAAAUUCAGGAACUACAUGGACAAUUCCCAGAAGGAGGAUCUCUACCAACUUCCACACAUUAACAGUUACCACACACCUGUUCCUCCAACACCGCAGCCCCAAGCAGGAAAGAACUUCAGGGAUAAGAGGUUGGAAUCUUGGAGGAGGAAGAGGCUGCGUCCCAUCACGGCUCCCAAUGGCCUUGAGCCUCUCUUUGCCAAGGAACCUGGAAGGAUUUAUAAAACAGCGCCGCAUAGCAAUGCAGUUAUCACAAUGGUCUAUUUUGGGAAAAAUGUGCACCUAUCAUAUGAUGACAUAGACUUCCGAGAUGAAAUCAAGAUUUACCAACAGCACUGUGGAGGAGAGAACCUUUGUGUCUACAAAGGGAAACUGCUUGAGAAAGACACCUUUCAGUUUAUCUCCAAGCGUCACCACGGCUUCCCCUUCAGCCUCACCUUCUUUCUGAAUGGGAUUCAGGUGAACAGGAUCAGCUCCUGCUGUGAGUUCAAGCACCGUAGAAGCACCCGCCUAGGAGGCAAGAGAGGCUACUUCGGGUUCGUGUGUGUGGAGAAGGCAUCUCCUUGCUACAGGUGCAUUAUCGCCAUGGGCCUUGACAGAAAACCAUCUUCCACAAGACCUAAGAAGGAAAAGAUUGCUGAGAAAAAGGAGGAGCCAGCAAAGAAGAGUCAGGGGAAACCGAGGAAGGACAGAACGACUGCACCAUCGAAAAGGAACGAGAUGGAGAGGAAAGAGUCCUGCAUCUCAGCUGCCUUUUCAGCUGAGGAAAUAAAAUUAGGGGUCAAAGAAGUGAGGACGGCUAUUGAGGAAAUGGAAUGGAAGGGCAAGUCAGGACAAGACGCCUGGGAAGAGGACCAGGACAACGCUGUUAAAUACGACUAUGAAGAAGAUUUUGAGGUAGAUGAUGACAAACAGGAUGAGAAGGUGGAUGAAGAUGAGGACCCGGCUGAUGACCAGAUGAGUGGAGGAUCCAAGACACCCACCGGAAGUGAAAAAGACAACCGAAACCCCGAAAAGAUUGAAACCUCUUCAGAGAAGGGCGUAGCUGCCCGUGACAGUGAGAACGAGGAUACCGGAUGCUCGGACAGUGAAGAGGAUGACAGACAAGAUGUUAAAACCAUGUCAUCAAUCUCAUCUAGAAGUCACCCCUACUCUAGCGAAAGUGAAGAUGAUUCUACAGAGGUGGGUGGGGAAGCCGACUCUGUCAGCCAAGGGGGAAGUUCCAGAAGUUCCUCUUCUCAGGAUCUGAGGGAAAAUGAUGACCCAGGAAAACCACACUUUCCAAUCGAGAAGUACUUGGAAACUGAGAUCGAAGAGCAAGAAAUCACCGAGGGGCAUAACGGACCUUGGUUGACCGAGCUCAGCGGUAUGCAUGUUACUGAGGGAAAACCAACUAUGGGAAUCCAAGCUUUAUCGGAGAGUGAACACAGGGUGGCUUCUUCAGAGGUGAGGGCUAAGAGUCAGCUCCAGAAGGAAGCAGGCCUCCCUGGGGUGGAAGAAGAGGUCGGACAGAUAACAGGUGAAGCCCAAGAACCUGGUCACUGCUGCUCUAACACUGCUCCUAGACUUAGCCCCACAGAUGAUGGGGUGACACCCAUGAGGAAACCGGAGGUCAACCUGGGCAGAGGGACAGAGGAAAAAACAGCCAUCAGUGCAAAUGAGCAACCAGAGCAAGCUGCACAAGAGAUGCACACACUGAAAGAAGAAGCCAUGAAGAAAGAUGAAUCUUUCCAGCCUGGGGAUACUGAUGCCCAUGCAGGAGUGAGGGAGGAAGCAAGGAUGCAGAAAAAUGGUACCCGCCAUCCCCAGGAUGCUGGCAUAGAUGUGGAACUCAGAGAGAGAGUGGGGAUGCAGGAAGAUGGUACCUGUCAUCCCCAGGGUGCUGACAUGGAUGUGGGAUUAAAGGAGAGAGCAGGGAUGCAGGAAGAUGGUACCCACUAUCCCCAGGAUGCUGACAUGAAUGUGGGACUAAGGGAGAGAGUAGGGAUGCAGGAAGAUGGUACCUGCCAUCCCCAGGAUGCUGGCAUGGAUGUGGAACUGGAAGAGAAAACAGGGAUGCAGGAAGAUGGUACCCACCAUCUCCAGGAUGCUGACAUGGAUGUAGAACUGAGAGAGAGAGCAGGAAUGGAGGAAGAUGGUACCUGUCAUCCCCAGAAUGCUGGCAUGGAUGUGGAACUGGAAGAGAGAACAGGGAUGCAGGAAGAUGGUACCCACCAUCCCCAGGAUGCUGACAUGGAUGUGGGAUUGAGGGAGAGAGCAGGGAUACAGGAAGAUGGUACCUGCUAUCCCCAGAAUGCUAACAUGGAUGUGGGACUGAGGGAGAAAGCAGGGAUUUCAGAGGUUCCCUUAGGGGAGAGGAGUCCUACAGGAGUUCUGCUGGCAUCAGCAGAACAGUCUACAGAGAAAGGGGAGUGUUAUCUGAACAUAGCUAGCGAGGCAGAGGCAGGCACAGAAGGAAGUGGCAGGCAUGGGGAGGAGCAGUUGAUCCCCACAGGAAAGGUAGCAGCAGAAGGCUCUGUGUUUCUAAGUGUAGAGCAGGCUGGAGACAGACAGAAGGAUGAGGACCUGGGCAGGCAGGCCUUGCCGCAGACACAGAUGGAGAAAGGAAGAGCAGUUUCUGAAGCUGGGCAAGAAUUGGAGAAGGCAGAGUUCACAGACAGCGCAGGGCUCAGCUCAGAGACUCUUGAGGAAGCAGCAGUUCUGAAAGAAGUAGGCACUUCUGAAGUGAAGGAGGCAGAGAGGGAAGUGGGCUCCCCCAAAACAGAUGGAGACCAAGGAGAAGAGGAAGCUCUUACAGAGCUGGAGAUCAUGGGGCCUAUGGAGGACACAGGGCCAGAGAGAAAGGAUGGUUUUGAAGAGACAGUACUCGGGGGAGAGAGAGCAGCCACAGAGAGGAAGGACUUUCUGGAAGAAGCUCCCUUCAGCACCUCAACAGAAGUUCAAGCAAGCCCCAGGGAGGUUUUCAGGGGCAACCAUGAGGAACUCUGUAAGGAAGACACAGCAAGGGAGGGCGUCAUAGCUGACACAGAAUCCACCGUGGAACAGGAUCUGCGAGCAGUGUUCCCUGGGGAAUUAGCUGCAGCUGGAGGCAUAGAGAAAGUUGAGAGGCUCACACCACCUCUGAGGGAAACUGGAUCUGAAAGAGAAAAGGAGACAGGACCUGAGGUGCUGAAGACAGAAGACUUGUUAGGAAAGCAAAAGGUUAAAGGGGAAGAGGAGGGCACAGUGAAGGAAGUGGGUUUUGAGGAAGAGGACCGUGUAUCCAGCCCUGAGAUGGAGGCUCAUGUCAACGAUGUAGAACCCACAGGGGCUACUGAGUUGGGGGAGGCUACAAAGCUUCUAGAAGAUCCUCCCAAAGAAAGAGCCAUUACCUUGUCUGAAACAACACCUCAGUUUGAGAAAUCCCCAAAAGAGAGUGAAGCCACAGCCACAGAACACAAAGGAGGAGAGGAGCUGCCAGGCCAGGAGAGCAAGGCUCUAUUGCCUCAGGGGAGGGGCCUCAGCCAUGAUGGAGAAGGGCUGUUAGGAGCUCCUGGACCUGAGCCAGCAGACAAAGCCCAGGGACCAGAGGGCUUUUUCACAGCCAGAUGUGAAGAGUGGGCUGCCAAGGAACUGGACAGCAGUGUGGGGCCAGAGAGACUGGAGGAAGACCAGCCUUUGCAAGCACAAAGAGAGGACAUCCAGAGAAUGACCCAGGGAAACCUUCCCAAGGAAAGGCUCACCAGGGCAGUGGUGGUCUGUGGAGAAGCCAAGGGUGAGAACCCGCAGGGGGAAGGGAGCGAGGAUAAAGAGUGUCUUCCAGGGACAGGGACUGGCAGCCUGACAGGGCAAAACUGGAACAUGGGAGGAAGCAUAGUGGAGGCUGAAGAGGAUCCACAUGGAGGAGGAAUUGAAGAACCAACUGCAGAGCAGAGGGAGGAGGAGUCGGCAGAGUCAAAGUCAGCUGAUGGGAUCCCUGCGGUCUCUUCCACUGCAAAUGCUCAAAAGGAAACCCGGGACAGGGCAGGUGAGGCUCUAGGAGAAGCAGCAGCAGUGGAAGAAAGGACGGGCACCGAGGACAUGACGCCAAGAACAGAGAAGGUAGCAGUGGUGGAGGAAGUGACAUCAGCAGGGGCUAUGGUGGAGACCGAACAGGAACAGGCGCCUGAAGCGCAGGACAGAGAGGGAGGGGAAGCAAAGGCUUCUCAGCACACAGGUACUGCUGGGGAGGACACAGGGUCUACAGGGAAGGACGAGGAACACCAGUCAGGAGCAGCUGAAGAGUUCAGAGAAUCAGUGUCUCAAGAGAGACAGCUUAGCAGAGUGUGUCUAGAGGCAGCACCUCCAAGGAAACUGGAUUUUUCUAGAACUCAGAAGCAUCUGGAGAGACUGCAAAGAGAACGUAAGAGGGCCGAUGUGCCCUUGAGUAAGAGGUCUCAUGACAGCCGGUGA